CCGAAGAUGUUGUGAACCGAAUGAAGGAACCUUACCAACCUAAAAGGGAUCAGCAAUCGCCUUCCUUGUCUUCUCCACCCACAUCACAACCUACAGAAGGGAAAUCUAAGGCUUCUGCAGAGAUCCAUCCACCGACAGCAGACAGCUUGGGUCAGAAGCCCUCUGAAGCUGAAGAGGAUUUGUACAGGAGGUAUGAACAAGAACAAGCAAUGGUCCAAGAGGAGCUUCUCCGAUUGGCCAGAAGGGAGCGGGAGGCAGCCAAUGAGAGUCUGAAUGUGACCCUGCAGCGGGAGAGGAAUAGAACCAAUGAGGAAAAGCAGAAAACAGCUCAGCUGCCUACAGAUUUGGAUGCCUUGACCCAGGAACUGCAGUGGAAAGAGGAAGAGCUGAAGCGCAAAGAUAAUUUCUAUAAGGAACAAUUGGCUCGCAUUGAGAAGAAGAAUUCUGAAAUUUACAAGCUGACUUUGGAUCAGUAUAAAGAAGCGGUCACCAAUGCAGAAGAUGAGAUUAGGCGGAGGAACACUCAACCUAUAUGUGCAAAUCUGCAAGAAGCAAUCUUGACCUGCUACAAUGAAAACAAAAAUCAAGUGCUCAACUGCUCAGAGUUGGUCAAAGAGUAUCAGCGUUGUGUUCGGCUAGCACAGAAGGAACUGCUAGUCCAUUUUGAUUAAAAGUCCCGCUGUUGGCAAAGUACAGAGCGGAGGGGACCACAGAAGCUGUUGGAAGCCAGUAUCCUCUUGGAUCUAUGCUGAUGCAAAUGAGUGCCUUCUCUCAGGACUGGUCCAUGAAAGCCCCAUGAAUCCAUAUCCAGAUGCUUCUGUGUAUCAGUUAUCAGCGGUGGAUUUGAACUUGAGAAAGAGGACCCUGUGCAGUGCCCGGCAAUGCCAUCGCCAUUGUUAUCCCUCGUUUCUUGAAAGAUUGUUCCAUAAAGAUAUUUUGUUUCCAAUUGGUCGUACAGUUCAGAAGCCUCCAUUUCUUUCCUUUUUUUGUAAAAUCCGCUGCCAACUGUUUGGUUCCACUGUUAUCCAAAAUGUUUCCUAAGGUGUUGCCUUUGUCCUUGUUCUGUAGAAUAAGGAAGCUGAGCGAUAUGGGGAAAUACUGAAGCCCCGCUGGUUUAGAGCUCGUACUGAUUCAUAUAUGUUUAUGUGUGCUUGAAAUGGACCAAGGCAUUCCUUCUCCGUGUUCCAAGGCAUUUUCCUAAGAACAAUAAAAAGAGUUGAAUGAA